UCUGAUCAUAACCGUGAAAUGUUUGAGCGAGAAAUGAACAUUGCUUCAAGAUGCCGCCAUCCUUGUUUACUUCAGUUCAUUGGAGCAACAAACGAGGAAGAGGGUCCUUUGUUCGUAACAGAACUCAUGGCAUCAAAUUUACGAGCACUGUUACAACAGCGAUCUCUUUCUCUAACUGAGGUGUCUGUCCUUUCUCUGGACGUGGCUCGAGCUUUGAACUACCUUCAUCAAAGGGAACCAUCACCCAUCAUUCACCGCGACAUAAGCAGUGCCAAUGUGUUACUAUGGCGACAUGGUGACCAAUGGCGAGGCAAAGUGUCAGAUUAUGGCACAGCUAAGUUUGUGCAGCAAACCAUGACACCCUUUCCUGGUGCUAGGAUAUACAGUACACCUGAGGCACUUACAAGGAAUCAGACUGUAAAGGUUGAUGUAUAUAGUUUUGGCGUUCUUCUCUGUGAGAUCUGCAUUAGAAAACUGCCAGACCCUGAACGGCGAACGGAACAAGUUGCCAUGGUUACAAACCGCGGUAUUCGAGCACUUAUCAGAGGGUGUUUGCAUCCAGAUCCUAAAGCAAGACCCAGCAUGGCAGACAUCAUUCGUGAACUAGAAAAAGGAGUUUGAAUUCGCAAUCUAACUGCGUGAACUCUGAACAUUGAUGAACUUUGAACUUUCACAUGUAACAAUGUGAUUGUACAAAUAACCAGUUCACGAAUUCUUAACUAAUUGAUUUGCAUACUCAUCGAUAACACCCGUAAUACGUAGAAAUGUGAAAUUGGACGAAAAAAAUGGAACACUUGCCCUUUUACACGGGCUAUAAGACAGUUGUAGUGUAAAGAUCUGGAAAACCUGCAGAACUUCUACAUCAUCAAGAUUUUACCCCUUACUUCAUUAUCACCCAUAUGAUAACGUACCUUAGUUGUAGAGAAUGACUUUUAUGUAAAAUACAAUACUUUGAAAUGGUACCUUCGUAGAAAGAUUUUUAUCCAUAAGAGCAGCCAUUCUUAGUUAGCACAGAUGAAAUGAGUUUUACGUCAAUGACGAUUUCAAUAUUUUCUUUCGUAAUCCAUCAAACAUUUUGCUCUUGUGCGAUCGGUCUUUGGUUGGUUUAGGGGAUUUCUCGCCAGGCCAUAGAAGUAGAAUUGUACUCGCUUAUUUACUCAGGUUAUUAAUUACUCAGGUUAUUGCCAGGAAAUUAGGAUGUUACUUGACGACGUUUUCAAUGUGUACAGGCGUGUCAUUUUACUGUAAGGAAACUUCAAAGCAAUGUUCGCUAAAUGAUUCUCGUGAUAGGAUGGGGGCAAGCGUGCUCUCUCCCUUCUUUGUGUCAGAUAUGUGAUGCUCAAAGAGUUGUGCUGAGGUUUUUUAAAAGUUUCUUUUUUUUUUUUUGGCAGACAGCUAUAGAUUUUGACUUAAGUGACCUUAAAUUGGACAAGGUUUUAUAGAUAACCAGAAAAUAAUAUAAACUUAUUUUUCUUUUAAAAUACAAAUAAAUAACCGGGAAAAACUUAAUUAAAGUGGAAUUCUGAGUAAAUCUUACCAAAAUGACUUUUAUUCAGCAUUGAUACCAAGCUUAUUUAGGUUACAAAACCAAGCAAGGCGUGAAACUUAUAUGAAUUAGUUUUGAAAGACAGGUCCGAAAACGAGUGUGGGAAAAUUAGAUUUUUAUUCUUUGAUUACUUCAUAUUUUGUUUCAGCAAUUUUGUAGUUUUAUAGGUUCGAUUAAACAGUUGUUCAGUUGUUUAAAUUUAUUUGAAGACGAUAGCUGUAAUUUAGCCGAAAUAUUAUACAAUCAUGCAAUAGUAUAAAGCAAAAGCUUUUAUUUGACAACCUUAGAUAACCUGGCUCUCAUUUUAUAUAUAUUUUCUCCACAUUGUAAGCUAGCGCUUGACUUUGGAAUUCAAGGUUAAAACGCUCAAAUCUAUAGUGUCCUUUAUCACUUUAAAACUAGAUACUCCAUAGGAGAGUUGAACUGAUGAAAUAAAAUUUAUUAUCAUGACAACAGCUCGUUCAAACA